AUGACGGUGCAACUCAAUAAGACAAACCUUAUUGUGAAUUACUUGCCUCAAAAUUUGUCUGAUAAAGAAUUUCAUGAUUUGUUUUCAAAGGCUGGAAAUCUUACCGCAAGCAAAAUAGUUAGGGAUAAAGCUACUGGUUACAGUUAUGGAUUUGGGUUUGUUGAUUAUGAAACAGAACAGGAUGCAUCAAAUGCAAUUGAUGUUCUAAAUGGUUACCAAAUUCAACAUAAGCAUAUAAAAGUUUCGUAUUCUCGAGUUGGGGAAAAUGUAAAAGGAGCUAAUUUGUAUCUUAGAAACUUACCGAAAGAUGUAUCUGAGAGUGACAUUGAAAGAGUGUUUGCUCCGUAUGGAUCAAUAGUACAAAUACGAGUUCUAGCAAAUUCACAAGGAAUACCAAAAGGCAUCGGUUUUGUACUGUUCAGCUCAAGAGAACAGGCUGAAGCUGCCAUGAAAGAUUUAGAUGGUAAACAACCAGUAGGAUUCAGCCAGCCUCUCAAUAUAAAAUUUGCAGAAGAUAAUAAAUUUAAAAUGAAAGCAUCAACAGAGGCUGCAAUUCCUCAGGCAUUUACUACGCCAGGAUAUGUUGAUGCAUUUAAUUCCGUUGGGCCUGUUAGGAAUCAAGUACGUAUGAGUCGAUUCAAUCCUAUUACUACAAGCAACCCAGCCACUCUAGCAUACAACCAAAAUGUUGUUCAAGGACUUUCUCAAUCAAUUAUGAAUUCACAAGGAUUUGUUUUAUUUGUUUAUAACAUUGGCACAGAAACUGAUGAAUUUUCACUCUGGCAGAUGUUUUCGCCAUAUGGAGCAGUGAAGAAAGUCAGUGUCAUCAAGGAUAAUCAAAAAAAUCAAAGCAAAGGUUAUGGAUUCGUUACAAUGGCAAGUUAUGAAGAAGCUUUGUUCGCUAUCCAGCAACUGAACGGUUAUAACCACAAUGGAAAAAAUUUACAAGUCUCAUUUAAACAAUAA